AUCAGGCCCCAGCUCCUUCCGGUCCCGGGAGAGUGAUUGACAGCUCAGGCCCCAGCUCCUUCCUGCAGAGGAUGCUGUCGCUCCAGACCUGCUAUUUCACCGAAGAUGUCAGUCUUGUUCACCAUCAUUGGGAUCUGUGCAAUCGCUGCUCUCCUUUUGGCAGCAUUUGCCCCAUAUAUCAGGAAAUGUGCCGGUGGUGGAGUGUGCACAUCCAACGCAAGACUAGAUGGGAAAACCGUCUUGAUUACAGGUGCUAACACCGGAAUUGGGAAGGAAACAGCACGGGAACUGGCACAAAGAGGUGCUCGGGUAAUCAUAGCCUGCAGAGAUUUGUCAAAGGCAGAGGUUGCAGCCCAGGAGAUUCGUGAAGACACUGGGAAUAAACAAGUCGUUGUUCGGGAGUUGGAUCUUGCCAACCUUAAGUCUAUACGCCAAUUUGCUGAAAACAUCAUUAAAGAGGAAAAACUGCUCAAUGUUUUGGUCAACAAUGCUGGUGUGAUGAUGUGUCCCUUCACAAAGACAAGCGAUGGGUUUGAGAUGCAGUUUGGUGUAAACCACCUGGGUCAUUUCUUGCUGACGUAUCUUCUUCUCGAUCUCGUUCAGAGGUCAGCUCCUGCUCGCAUUGUUAAUGUAUCGUCCUUUGCUCAUGUCUUUGGUCGGAUCAACUUUAAAGAUCUGCAGAGCGAGAAGAGUUACGAUGGGGGCUUGGCUUACUGCCAAAGUAAAUUAGCAAACAUCCUGUUCACUCGAGAAUUGGCCAAGCGUCUGAGAGGCACUAAAGUCACCGUGAAUUCUGUGCAUCCAGGCUCUGUCAAAUCAGAACUAACCAGGCACUCCUUCAUCAUGGCUUUGACAUGGAGGAUUCUCACCUUCCUCAUCAAAACACCUAAACAGGGGGCACAGACAAGUAUAUACUGUGCUGUAGCUGAAGAGUUGCAAGAGAUAUCUGGAAAACAUUUCAGUGACUGCAGCCCUGCAUUUGUGGCACCUCAGGGUAGGAACGAUGAAACAGCCAGGAAGUUAUGGGAUGUCAGCUGCAAACUUUUAGAAAUUCGGUGGGAUUGAAUUACUCGAAAGAUGAAAAUGGAAGGAAACCAAGAACACAAGAAAGGCAUUCUGAAGACUGAUUUCUUUUUAUCUACUUUGACAGCUGCCAGACAAAAAUAAUCCAGAACGUACAAAUGUUUUGAUAAUUAAGUUGACAUUGCUGAAGCUGGUCAAGCAGCUACCUGUAUAGUGAGUGUAGCCUGCAACAACCAUCCUCCUCCUUCAGGUACCACACCCUAAGAGGUCACUGUUGGCGACCAUGAACUUCCAUUAAAUUGGUACUAAUGUGGUUUGCUGUUGUCUUCUACAGCAUGGAAACCUCCUGCUCUUUAUUGCCUACUCUCAGGCAUAUUGGAAGGUUGAUAAUCAAUCUGUUGGCUGGAGCUUCUGUCCCAGAGGUAGGGACACUACCACUGUGCCACAUGACCUCCCUACAACAGCCAUACAUGUUUUAAAUAUAAUUUUGGCUGUUUAAGAAGGGUGACCCCCAGCAUUUGGACUAGUUGCCAAACCAGCUGUGUCAAAAUCUCAAUACAUGAUAAUGAAUCAUCAAAGUCACUAUGUAACACUAACUGCUGCAAUAAAACUUUACUGUGAACUGUU